CCCUCCCACAGGUCACAAAUACAAAGUAUAUUCACAGUUAGUAUAUUAUAUCUCUGAUUUUUUCUUGUUAGACUAUUCCUAAUGGUCUCAACAUCCCACGAGCCUCGAGCACUUGCUUUUAUCUUCUUCUCUGCAGCUCCAUUCUCCAAUUAUUUCCAACUUUAAAUCAACUCAUCUUCUCUGUCUCUUUGUUUUUCUCCCAACUCUUUCUCAUUAACCUCAUCAAUCUUCUCUUACCACAAACAACAAUUCUAAUAAAUAUCUUCAUUUCUCAAAAAUACAUAUAAACUAAUUACUAGUAUAUCAGUCAUGGCACUUGAAACAUGGUUAAUUAAGGUGAGAAAGACGAUAGCUCACAGACUUGAUACAGUAAGAGCCAGUACUGUACCACGUGGAAAGCCGGCAACGAUCAAGAAAUCCAACGUUGGAGUUUUAGCUUUCGAGAUCUCUGGACUCAUGUCAAAACUCCUCCAUUUAUGGCAAUUUUUGUCGGACAAGAACAUGAUCCGAAUUCGCAAUGAGUCAAUCUGCCUAGAAGGAGUGCGUAAAAUCGUCUCAAACGAUGACGCUUUCCUUCUUGGCCUUGCCUGUGCGGAGAUUGUGGAGAAUCUAAGAAUGGUUGCAAAAUCUUUAUCAAGAAUCAGUAAAAGAUGUGAAGAUUCACAUCUAAGAAGCUUUGAUCGCUUCUUUAAUGAAUUUGCAAACACUGGUCGUGAUCCUUACAAUUGGGUUCUUAGCUUGAAAGAUAUGGAGUCCAAAAUCAAGAAAAUGGAUCAGUAUGUUACAACCACUGCCCUUCUUCAUCGACAAAUGGAUGAGCUUUCAGUUCUUGAAAAUAGUUUAAAGAAAGCUUCGAAUUCGAAUUCACAGUUCAAGGAUUCUGACAUUUCAUCAAUCAAAGAACAGAAGAUAAUUGAACUGAGACAGAAGUUUCUGUGGCAGAAACAAGAAGUUAAGUAUCUGAAGGAAAGAUCUUUAUGGUGUCGUAGUUUUGAUACUGUUACAUCAUUACUUGCUCGAUCCAUUUUCACUACUCUAGCAAGGAUCAAACUUGUUUUUGGUAUUAAUCAUGGAUAUCCAAAUUCUCUUCCACGUAGUCUUUCUGCUUCUGCUACAGUUUAUCCUUCAGAAAACCAUAACACAUGCAAUUUCGUGUCCGGGCCAUUGGUGAAUCCCCCUAAGGUUUCGGAUCAUGAGUUUUUCGAGUCCAAUACUAAGGUACUUAAACCGCCUUCGAGUACUUUAGGUGCGGCUGCACUUGCUUUGCAUUAUGCUAAUUUGAUCAUUGUUAUGGAAAAAAUGAUAAGAUCACCACAACUAGUUGGUGUUGAUGCUAGAGAUGAUUUAUAUUCCAUGUUGCCAAAUAGUGUAAGAUCAUCAUUAAGAUCAAGACUAAAAGGAGUUGGGUUUUCAGCUAGUGAUCCAGGUCUUGCUGGUGAAUGGAAAGAUGCUUUGCAGAAGAUUUUAGGAUGGUUGUCACCUUUGGCACAUAAUAUGAUCAAAUGGCAAAGUGAAAGGAGUUUUGAACAACAAAAUUUAAUUCCAAAAACCAAUGUCCUCUUGCUGCAGACUUUAUAUUUUGCAAAUCAGGAUAAGACUGAAGCUGCCAUAACAGAGCUGUUAGUUGGGUUAAACUAUAUUUGGAGGUUUGAAAGGGAAAUGAAUGCUAAGGCCUUAUUUGAGUGUACCAACUUCAACAACUUCUUGAACCUGAAGCGUUCAAGUAAUUAGACUCAGGAAUGGCUAUUUGACUUCCAGUUUUUCUUUUCUUGGUUUUUCUUUCUAAGUUUUUUUAUUUGCUUUAAUUAAUAGAUAUGAUUUGAAGGAUUGUUAGAUGGAAACUCCUUUAAAGAUCUGUGAGGGGUCUGUUUUGUUUUAACCCAAAAUCUGUAUAUUGUAUCAUAUCAGUUGUAGACUACUGUAUAAGAUUGAGUCAAAAUUUUCAACCUA